UCUUCUUUUUAAACUCUAAGCUUCCCACUCGAAUCAGCUCGCGAUCUCCGGGUUGCUAGUUUGACAGUGCAAUCUCUCCGGGUGAUGAUAGACUACUUGCGUCAGGCCAUGCACAACACGUUCCGAAACAGAGCGCGUUAGAGAAUAGAGAGCUUUAGAGAAUAGAGAGCUUUAGAGAGAGAGAGAGAGAGCUUUAGAGUCGGACGUUGGAUAACGCGGACCAGGUUGCGUAAUAGGAAAAGGCAACGCGGCGAUCCCGGAGAGUGCGGAAAGCCAAAAGUAACGGAGAUUUUGGCGCAUAUUAAACGCGAUCUGUCGUCGCGUCGACGUCGGUCCGUUUCGUUGCUGUGCGCGCCGCGGACAAGCGGAUCGAGAGUGGAACGAGUGGACAAAGUGUUAAAAAUGCUGUGUCGCUGGCUCGCCGUCCUGGUACUCGCUGGUUUUCUGCUGGUCAUCGAAGGGAUCGCGGUCGGCCAAGGUAAUUUUGCUCGGGAACCGAAGCUGCCUGGAGGAACUGCCUUCGGCAAUCAUAACGUAACUAAUGCGCCAACCUUUGGGAUGAAUCUACCGCGAAACGUGACCACCGCAGUCGGCCAGACGGCUUUUCUUCACUGCAGGGUUCAUCAGUUGGGCGAUAAAGAGGUGUCCUGGAUGCGCAAAAGGGACAUGCACAUUCUUAGCGCUGGCAUCCUCAUGUACACGUCGGAUCUGAGGUUCCAAGUGAUCCAUCCGGACAAGUCGGAGCACUGGACUCUGCAAAUCAAGUCGCCUCAGGAACGGGACUCGGGCGUGUACGAGUGCCAGGUCAGCACGGAGCCGAAGAUGUCGCUGAACUACAGCCUGAACGUCGUCGAGGCAAGAGCCAGGAUAAGCGGCCCGUCGGACAUCUACGUUAAAACGGGAAGUCUACUGACGCUGACGUGUCAAAUGUCCCAAGGACCUCACGAUUUGGGCACGGUAGCUUGGUACCGUGGCAGCCAGCCUGUGGUAACGUCGCCUCGUUCCGAGAACGAUGUCUACGGUGAACCACGAGUUGCCGUCGAAACCGAGUGGAGCGACGCCCUCACGUCAAGGUUGAGGAUCACACGCGUCAAGCCGAACGACUCUGGAAACUAUAGUUGCGUGCCCACCGUGGCGGAGAGGGCCAGCGUCAACGUGCACGUCAUCAACGUUGUGUUCUUACCACUUGGCUUUCAAAAGUUCCUGGGGAGUUGA